CAAUUAAAAUUUCUAAAUAUCACCAAACUACUUCUAUGGGUCAAUCAAACUGAUGAACAGCCAAACGCAUUAUUAUCUCCAAUGCUCCUUCAGAGCCAGUUAUUGAAGAGAAAUGCAACAGAAGAAAGCCGGUCAAAAGAAAAUCAACCAACAGAGGCAUUAAGAAAAGAAGAACAUUACAAAAACAAAUUAAGAGGAGAGGAACUACCAAACUUGAUGAUCUGAACACAUCAGAAUUUUGAAAAAAUCUUGUUAGAGAAUGUAGGACUGCCAAAAAUAACAUAAGAAAAACACUUGAUGGAUCCUUUGAGCCUUCACAAUCAAAACGAAAGAAGAGCUCUCUAUUCUCACCUAGAACAAGCAGAGAUCCAACAAGUUUCAUGUCUCCGCUAGUCCGGGAAUUUGUAGUACAUAUCUAAAUACUAGAUCUGCCAGUCACCAAAUGGAAGUAUUAUUUUAAGUCAACCUUUUAG